AUGUCGUCGUCGUUGACUUAUUUCAACAAUGAAACUUUUCUGGACGGUACAGGCCGUGGCAAACUAUUUCGACAAGUACAAUAUGCUUGUCAACCGAAUAAUACCGUACCUUGUGCACCGAUGCUAACAAAUUCCGAGGAGAAAACUAAAAAGAAAAGGCAUCAUCGUAAAGCGGAGGUUGUCUGUGUUGAUGUCCAACUUCCACUGUCAGCAGUGAUCGAGCGAAAUGUUCCAGUAUUCAUUUUGUGUGAACAAUUUCCCGAGAAAUAUAUAUCACCAACAAGUUUAGCGGUGCUUCACUGGUCGAAAUAUCACGGACGGAACAUCUCGUUCUAUUUAAAAGAUAUUGGUUACUUUUCAACAGCCGAUCGUUCUGAUGCAAAUCGAUGUCGCGAAGACUUCCGUUAUUUGAAACGAUUGAUCUACGAUAUUGACGAUACCAGACAACUGAAACAAUUAAAUAUCGAAUUCGACUUAAAUAUUGGGUCAGCUUAUCUGAAUCCAGCUGAACCAUCGACAUCGCUGGAUGCGAUGCUCUGGUGGAUCAGUCGACAUAAAGCCACUGUUGUCAAUAAGAAAGGACGAUUUACAUUUGAUUUUGUUGGGUGGCGUGGAACGAUUCGGAAGAUCAUGUCAUCUUUAUUCAAUCAAGAAACAGAUUGGCGCAUUGCUGUUAUACGUUAUCGUGGCGCUCAUUUCUUUCACGUCGUUCAUACCGAAACUGAACUAGCAAUUGAAUUCGGUCAAACACCUAUCGAGAAGCGAAUGUGUUACUGGGGACAUAAGUUCGAAGAUUAUCUCUGUUCAGAAACUCCACCAUUGUUUCCAUCGCCAAAGAAACUAUUUUCGUUGGUUAAUUUAGCCACCCUUGGUGUACAUACACUUCUGUACGGUAGUGAGAUCGAUGCUUGUACCAAGGAUUCAAUUAUCGAUGAUGAAAGUGACGAUUUACAAACAACACUCAAUUCUACAAAUAUCAACUCGAAAUUGAGGAAGAAACGAACAUUUGUGGAGAUUAAAUUAGUUUAUGCAGAGAAUAUGUUAGAAUUGCAUACAUCAACUGCUCGAAAGUAUGCAAAAUGGUGGUCACAAUGUUUUCUAACAGGCAUUGAUCAGAUUCUUUUGGGUUUCCGCAAUGAUUAUGGUAUUGUUCGUCAAAUACAUCCAUUACUCAUCAAGGAUAUCGAGACACGUGCGCGCACAUGGAGUUCGAGUUCGUUUUUAGCAUUUCUUAGUGAAUUUUGUGCAUUUGUUCGUAAGACCAUCACGAAAGAUUAUUUCGACGAUGAUCAAACGGCGUAUCUUUUCUAUUUUUCUCCAAAAGAGAAAAAAAUCAAAUGGAUGUCAACAAAAGAAUCAACUUAUCAAUUUCUGCCCCAGUGGUUCACUUCACAGGACUUUUCAACGUCUGAAUCAUAA